UCCACUUAAUAAUACACGUGUACAUGUAAUUAGGCCCACUCUCACGACCUCCUAAACCGGCGCUACUCUCCUUUGUUGUUUCAAACUGUGAAGUGCUGGUAGUGCAGAAAUCGGUCACCUGUGCUUUUUCCUCCAUUUUCAGACGCCAUUGUUGGCUUUUCCAUGGUUUUAUCCUUAAAAAAGCUUCUGUCUUUUUUUGUUUCCUAGUUGAUUAGGAAAGCAUGUUAUACCCAUUACAGGCUCUCUCUUUCUCUCCCUGCCUCUUCUCUUGUCUUUCUCACACACUCUCUGUCGUAAGUAACUGAAAUAUCAGACAAAGAAACAUUUUUAAUGUUUUUGAAUGAUUUUUCUCAUUUUGGCUGUCAUUACUAACGUUGCCGAGAAUGAAAAUGUGUAAAUCUGAUUUACCAUUUAGUGAUUUUCUCUAUUUCAUGUUUCUUUGCCCUGAGAGACCCGUGGAAAAACAGAGUCUUUAGAUUUUUUUGUUUGUGUGGAAUAUCUUUGCAAAUUUGGCAUCAUCUUCAAUUGGGAUGAAGAGCAACAAGAUACACCCACCUCUCUCUGAACCAGUUAGCCUUCAUAAAGCCACCGAUAUGGGGAAGAACACAUCUCCACAACACCCAGAAACGAUGACCCACAAGAACUUUUUGAAAAAAUUCAAACGAUUGAAACCUCAUGAGUCCUCUCUUGGCAUUCUUGGGAUUUCUUUGGUGACUCUUCUCUUUGUUCCUUGUUUUCUCUACUUGGACUACAGGACUUUCACUUGGAGUUUGCUUGAUCAUGGGGUCUCUCUGCUGUCCUUGCUUGCUCCAUCUUCGACAUUAUCAUCAUCAAAAGUUGAUGGGAAUUGGAGGGUGGGAUUUCUUGAUGAAGAGGGUGAUGGGUGUGAUGUGUUUGAUGGGAACUGGGUUUGGGAUGACGGUUACCCACUGUAUAACAGUCAAGAUUGCUUGUUCAUUGAUGGUGGGUUUCGGUGUUUAGAGACUGGUAGGCCUGACAAUUUGUACACCAAGUGGCGUUGGCAACCCAAAGAAUGCAACUUGCCCAGAUUUGAUGCAAGGAACAUGUUGCAAAAGCUGAGGAACAAAAGGCUUGUAUUCGCCGGUGACUCAAUUGGAAGAAACCAAUGGGAAUCCCUCCUCUGCAUGCUUGCCGUGGCUGUUCCAGACAGUUCUUCAAUCUAUGAGGAGAGUGGAAACCCAAUCACAAAGCAUAAGGGGUUUUUAGUGUUCAUGUUUAAGGACUACAAUUGCACAAUUGAAUACUACAGAGCUCCAUUUCUAGUCGUUCAGGGCCGGCCUCCCGUUGCAGCCCCAAAGACGGUGACGAUGACUUUGAGAGUGGAUAAACUGGAUUGGUAUUCCAAGAAAUGGAGAGAUGCAGAUGUGCUGAUUUUUAACUCUGGACACUGGUGGAAUUAUGAGAAAACUGUUAGAAGAGGCAUUUACUUCCAAGAAGGGAAGGAGUUGAAGAUGAACAUGAGUGUUGAAACUGCAUACCAGCGAUCGAUCGAGACAUUGAUUGAUUGGAUUGGCAAUGAAGUUGAUAUGAGCAAAACCCAAGUCUUUUUUCGAACCUACGCUCCUGCUCAUUUCAGUGGCGGUAACUGGAAGUCCGGUGGCAGUUGUCACUUAGAAAAGCUUCCCGACUUGGGCACAUUGCCACCGGAGUCCUCCACCGGCAGUUACCAGACAUUCUUCAACGUGAUAUCACAACACUCACAUAAGUCACAAGUGAGGAAGUUGAGCUUCUUGAAUGUCACAAAAAUGUCAGCAGGAAGAAAAGACGGCCAUCCAUCUUUGUACUAUUUAGGGCCUGGUAAUGGUCUGGCUCCUCACCACCGUCAAGAUUGUAGCCACUGGUGCCUGCCUGGCGUCCCCGAUUCAUGGAACGAGCUCCUCUAUGCACUGUUUCUCAAGCAGGAGCUUGUCCGCUCAAGAAACUCUACAAAACCUUAAACUUUGCCGUUAUUGAGACAUUAGUUUCAGGACGAUAAAAGACUUACAGAGCUGGCAGGCUACAUUCUUUGUGCGUGGAACCCGACAACACGGGGUAUGGUUUUUUUUUCCUGUAAAUAGUAUCUCCAAUCCAUUCUUCUGACGAUCAUUUGUGAUUUUGCUGAAGAAACAGUUGAGAUUUUGAAGGAAAGAGUGGUUCCAUUUUUUCUCAAGAGAGAGCUUUGUCCUCACAAGAAACUUCACAAAAUGUUCUCAAACUUUCCCUUCAUUGGUACAGAAUGCUUCCACAUUAUGCCAUCAUGAGAGAAAAAAAAGAAGAACGCUAAAUUCAGGAAGAAAAAAUCUUCACUUCACCACAAAGCUGGCAGGUUAAAUUCUUGUGCAUAAACCAGACAUCUUGGUACCUCUUAUUUUUUAUUGGUAAUCGAGAAAUCAUUCAGCAUGUCCUUUGGAUAAAUGAGUAGGCGUAGGCGUAGAUUGAGCCGAAAUCCAUGCGGAUAAAAAUAACACUCAUAACCCUUCUCAGAAAGUGGACUUAAAGCACAUAAGACCAGAAAAAUACAGGAAAUACCCCUGGCUGAACUUCCGAUUUUAGCAACCAAAACCCAGAGAUAUAAUCUACUGAAACUAUUGCUCCGUGGUUUAGUGCCUCUUAAAGUUUUAUUCAUCCUCUUGACGACAUUUUUCAUUUUUCCAAGAGAAUCGUUGAGAUUUUGAGUGGAAGUGUUCUUCCAUCUUGAGAAUUUUAUUAACAGAUCUCACUUAUGGCGGAGGAAAACCUUCAUUACACCAAAAGACAAACAGACAAGAGACCACAAACAAAUCAAUCAUCAAAUGGGUAUUGCUCAUA